UGACAGGAUGGUUUAAGUUGAAUGUAAUAGAUGAAACUGCGCAUGACUUUACUUAUUCCGAAAUACCCAAACACUUCGUUUGGAAGGAUACGACUGCAAAGUGGGAAAGGAGACAAAUGGGAGGAGAGAAAGUGAUUGGGAGAAUGGUAAAUGUAAGUAUUAAAGACCCAGAAAGAUACUAUCUUCGAUUAUUUUUAUGCCACGAAAAGGCAGUGACAUCUUUUCAACACUUACGAACAAUUGUGGUGAACGACGAGUCCGUUCAGGUAGGUACCUUUCUAGAGGCUGCGAAGCGCAAGGGAUAUCUUUUGGAUGACACAAUUUGGCAAGACACAAUUCAUGAUGCCAUUGUUUAUGCAAUGCCAUUCCAGCUUAGGCAAAUGUUUGCCUAUAUCUGUGCUUAUGGUCUUCCCUCUGAUGCUCUUAAGUUAUGGAAUGAUAAUUUACAGUAUUUGACAGAGGAUGUUUGCUAUGAGCGACAUCUUAAACAGGGUGAAUGUCAAAGAUGUGCUGAGUAUGCACUUAAGGAUGUAAAAGAUACCCUGACUCUUCUUGGUCAUUCACUCUGCAAUUUCAAUUUACCUGAUGUGGGCUAUGAUUUGCCAAGUAUGAAUCAGAUUAUCUAUGAUUCAGACGUUGAGCAGAAGGCCGCUGAUGAGAUGAUUACAUCUUUGAAUGAUGACCAACGACAAGCAUUUACAACAAUAAUCAAUGCUGUGAAUGAUGAAGAGAUCUACCCUAAAUGUUUUUUCCUGGACGGUCCCGGAGGAAGUGGGAAGACAUAUUUGUAUCGAACUCUUCUUCAUUACUUUCGAGCAAGGAAUGAAAUUGUCAUUCCCACAGCAUCAACCGGAAUUGCAUCAAACUUGCUCAGUGGAGGUAGAACCUACCAUUCUCUGUUUAAGUUACCUUUAGAAGUCAAUGAGACAUCCAUUUCAAACCUGAGUUUGGACUCGAAAGAUGGAAGAGAUAUUAGAUUAGCAUAAUUGCUUAUCGUGGAUGAAUGCACCAUGGCAUCCCAUGUUAUGAAUGCCAUUGACAGAAUUUUAAGAGAGGUAACUGGACAUCAAAUUUCAUUUGGUGGGAAGGUAAUAUUACUUGGAGGUGACUUUCGGCAAUGCUUAAACAUUCUCCCGCACGCAAUGCGACCAGCAAUUGUCCAGUCUGGACUUAAGUAUUGUGAUUCUUUGGAAUUUAAGAAACUCACAUUGAGUACCAAUAUGAGAUCACAGGACCCUAAAUAUAGUGAAUGGCUGUUGAAAUUGGGAAACGGCACAUUGGGGAAUUCUCUUGAACUUGAACACACUAUCGAGGUUCCCUCUGAAUUUCUUUGUGAAGGUAAUUUGGUGAGCAAAUAACUCCUGAUAUGAUACCAACCAUUAAAAAUAGGGCUAUACUUUGCCCUAAAAAUGCUGACGUCGACAGAAUCAAUGACAAAGUUUUUAAACUUUCACAUGAGCAAGGGGAAAAAACUUAUUACAGCUACGAUGAGAUACAAACUGAUGAUCACCAGGAACGAUUAAAUUACCCUAUAGAGUGCCUGAACAGUGUACGUUGUAAGGAACCAAGUCCAAGCGUUAUUUUUAUUUACUUUUAUUUUGUUUAUUAUUCUAUUUUUGUUUGGGGCUUAGGUUUUGUUAGGACGAAGGUUUCCUCACCAUUCACCUUAGGAACUUAAAAAUAGAAGAAAAACCAACUCCCCGACGAAAGAAAAGCGCUGUAGAAAAACUCGUGCACACUUGCGCUCCCGAGCGGAAAAAAGUAAGUCCGCACCGAGAAAAGGGGGGAGACCCCACAAGCACGAAUUAGGGACUCGCUAAACCUUAAAGAAUAAAAACGUCCCGAAAAUUGUGAAAAAGAAUAAUGUAAAAGGUUAGCGAGUAUUAUCGGAAAAUAGGCUGCCAGACAAACGAAAAAAGUUUAUUGUUAGCGUUACGUAUGUAAAUGAAGGGAGUGAUCUCAUUCAGAAUUGUGACGUCACCUCACACUAUAAAUCCCGAGUCUCAAGUGAAGAUGAACGAGGUGAACUCCUGAUAGCAACGAGCUUUGGUGAGCUUCAUAGCAGUGAACGAGAGAGGUGUCCGAUAGGAUCAAAUAAUUCCAAGGCGAUUUUGAAGUUAUU